GAGCGUCUCUUUGCUCUUCAGAACUAGAUUGGGAAGCGAGGGGGUUCUUGUGGCUCGAGGGAUCUGCGCAAGAGGAUGGAGCUCUCCGUGAACGCGAAGCCCCCCAGCGCAGAGGGGCAGGGGGAGAAGAAGGAUGCGGCGGCCGCGCCGCCCGCCCCUCCGACCUACGAGGAGGCGACGGCCGGAGAGGGGAUGAAGGCGGGUGCCUACCCGCCGCCGCCGUCCGUGCCGCUCCAUCCCAGCUGGGCAUACGUGGACCCCAGCAGCAGCCCCAGCUACGGCAGCGGCGGCUACCCGGGCGACACGGAGAUGCUCACGACCUUCAGCUGGGACGACAGGAACGUGCGCAGGGUCUUCAUCAGGAAGGUUUAUGCCAUCCUGAUGGUCCAGCUCUUGGUCACUGUGGUUAUUGUCGCUUUCUUCACCUUCUGUGAGCCGGUCAAGGGGUACAUCCAGAUGAAUCCUGCCUGGUACUGGGCUUCCUACGCUGUUUUCUUUGUGACCUACUUGAUCCUGGCGUGCUGCUCUGGACCCAGGAGAUACUUCCCAUGGAAUCUCAUCUUGCUGAGCAUCUUUACCCUCUCCAUGGCUUAUCUCACUGGGAUGCUCUCCAGCUAUUACAAUACCAAGUCAGUCCUCCUGUGCCUGGGCAUCACGGCCCUGGUGUGUCUCUCUGUCACCAUCUUCAGCUUCCAGACCAAGUUUGACUUCACCUCCUACCAGGGUGUCCUCUUUGUGAUGCUCAUGGUGCUCUUCUUUGGUGGCAUCAUCUUGGCCGUGAUACUGCCCUACCAAUACGUCCCCUGGCUCCAUGUGAUCUAUGCCCUGCUGGGUGCCAUCAUCUUCACCAUGUUCCUGGCAUUCGAUACCCAGAUGCUGAUGGGGAAUCGCCGGUACUCGCUGAGCCCGGAGGAGUACAUCUUCGGAGCCCUCAAUAUCUACCUGGACAUAAUCUACAUCUUCUCCUUCUUCCUGCAGUUCUUUGGCUCCAGCCAGGAGUGAAUGCAGCAAGGCAAUGUCUUCUCUUGGCUGGCAAGGCGCAUGCUUAAAGGUUAAAAGGAAAAAGAUGAAAAGAGGGGGAGAAAAAUAAAACCCUACCCUUCCUGGCCCACUAGCAAGCUCCAUUCCAUCAGCUGGGCAAAGCCCCUGGGUUCCUUAUGCAGCUUGUAUAUAUGCUGUUAAAUGUCUGUGACCCAGAAAGCAAAGCAGGGCUUAAGUGUUGUGUCUCCUGCUCCUUCUGCUGCUGAGAUCAAGCCAGAUCGGGGACUGGGAGGCAUCAGGCCAAGGUCUUUCCCCAAAGGCUGCCAAAGUUUCCCGUCUGCGUCCUGCACGUUGCGGGAUGCUCAAGGGCUGUGAUCAGCUCUGCAAAGGGAAAAUCAUACUCGAAAAAAUGAAAGACAGGGAGUUGUGCUAAGAUUCUGGCAGGAAAAUGAGUAGAAUAAAAGGAAAAGGCGAGGGAAAUUCUCACAUCUCCCCUUUUUCUCUACCUGUGCUCCUUCCAUGGGGAUUAUGGCUCUGUGGUAUGCUCCCGAUAGGGUCUGCUUUGGGAAAGGCUGAGCACAGGAUCCCAUAGUCUGGAUGUCCUUCUAGCAAGCAGUCCUCUGGGCACAGAGGAACCUGUUGUUCAGGACAUGCAGCUUCUUUGAGGACAUCCAUAAUGCGGGAAGACUUGGUCUCUGUGACAAAAAAGGAUGAGAUUCUGUGACCCAUUGUAAGGAUCUUGAUGCCUUCGUGCCAGUGUGUUGAUGCCUGGACACGAAUGGCCCCAAGUGGUUCCUGUGCAGAGGCUAAGGCCAAGGUGAAUGCCCGUUGCUUGGAAAAGUGGGCACUUCUGCAUCUCCUCUUUCGCUCUGGCUGUCUUCCAGCUCUGCUCUCUCAAACAGGGAUGUCAGUGAGGGCACGGGAUGCCUCGGAGUGUGCAGGUAACUUUCCAUCUUCCCUUGCUCGCAUUCCCCUGUUUGGGGAUCAUCUGGCUAAUUUCUAACUGUAAAGCUCCAGGGGGAGAUAAGGGGCCUUUUGCUCGUAUUUAGAAAGCGAUCCUUCCCGCUGAUAGAAAGCCGUAUCUUCCAUCUCCUUGGGAAUGCCAGGGUAAGUGCGUCAGUGCGCUGCCUCGAGCAGUGCCGGCGCGCUAGCGGGCGGCUCUGCCAAAAGGCUCCAUGCUGCACAUUCCUCCUCUGCUGCUGCCCUGGCUUUUACCCCUCACAUGUCGUAUCCUCCUGGCGCACGUGCCCCGAGAUGGGCAGAGGAAGAGGAAAGUUACUGUGCAGGGAGGGAAAAAGCUCUUGCUAGCGAAGCUCCCACCUGGGCGUCCGCCUUUGAGUGGCUGCAGUGACAGCAGCGAAGGAACUGCUCCAAAAAAAACCCUUUCUGGGAUAGAGGAGACUAGUUAGGUAAUGGCAACGUGAGUCCAUGACCCACUGCCUUGAAUGUUGAGGAGCCAGGCCUGGGAGAGGGCAGAGCAUGGGAGAAGCCUCCAAAGCUCACGAAAUGGGAGUGCAGAAAGGGCAAUUCCUGGCUCAGGUCCUGCUCUUGUCGCAGCCUUACGGGUGCUCCUGAAAGGGCUUAGAGGGGAGGCCCAGCCUCUGCUCCGGCAAGCUGCGGUGUUGCUCUGAGCUGAAGUCCUGUAGGUGUUCCUGCUUUCCAGCUUUGGAGAGGGGGAAUGUGGCUGGAGUUAGUACAAUUCUCAACCUCGCAAAGUCCAAACAAUUGUCCCCUGGAAGACGCUGCAGCUCUGCAGCUGCCCCUUCUCUGCACGGGGCCUGGGCAGGAGAAGCCUGGUCUGCAGCCCUUGCUCUGUUGCCUGACGUGCAGUGGCUUUGCUGCCGCCUGAGCUCCUGUCACCCUCCCGGCUUUCCGCUCCCGUGUAGGAAAUGUCUGCAUGGCACCUGCAGCGCUUUCUCUGGGCCACCGACGUGGAGAUGUCUUGCUGUCCUCCUGUGUCCCCUAGCAGAACCACGGGGCUCCCUUCCUGCAUGUCUCCUGGGUCCUCUUCUGCACUGACUCCCUUACCCUUCGCCAUCACCCACCCAAGCCAGUGAGUAGUAUGGAAACAGAUGGAAAUCCCUGGAAAAAUGCAGAUUUUGGGCAAGUUCUUCCUGGGUUCUCCGACCCACUGGGCUGUUUCUCUUGCUCUGUGCAGAUGUCCUUUAUUGGAGGUCUGCAUCACCCAGCCCCUGGCUCUGUAUCCCCCUGCCUUUUGUCCGGCUGGUCCUGUGAUUUCAUUGUAAAUAGGAUUUUGUAUUU